AUCUGUAAAAUUACUGUUUUUUUCGAAAACGCGGAACGUUUCCGUAAGUAAAUAUUCACGUCUUUAUAGUUAACAUUGUAACUAGUUAAAAAAAAUAGUAUCUUUAACGUGACGACAGCUGCCUUUUUGACGGACCUCGGUUACUGUUUCUGAAUGCGGAAACGAGCAGAAACAGUAGAACAUUCAUAUUUGACUCCCAAUGUCGAACAUGCUCAUCGCGAUCGCGCAGAAAUCUCUUCUUUCGCUUCUCUUCUUUCGGUAAGUUACGUUUUUAAACGCCAACCGUUACACAAAUGGAUAGAUUCAUAGUCAGUUAAUAUAACUGCUUGGUAAACUGACAUUUACUACUAAUUGUCGAAUACGACCAAUCUUGGUUACUCAGAGCUGUCAGCGACUAAUUGUAUUUUUCUUUUUUUUUUGCUCUGACAACUACUGAUAGCGUUCGUGCCCAUACCUUUAUACGUUCAGUUCGACCCAAAAAUAAGCAUGCAAAAUGUAUGUUCCCCGUAUGUAUCCGUUUGUGUAUGCCUCAUCUUACGAGCCGCGUCAACAAUGUUCGUUCCCAGAUACUACAUCCGAAGAAUUAAACUCAAUGGCUAAUCUCGGCAGUGUUCUAGGCAAAAUGCGCUUUCCUAGCAUUGCCUUUGUUCCAACAGAAAGCAGAUAGCCACCCUCAUAGUGGCUAUUCCCACGACGAUCGUAGCAAACCGAAGAUGGAGCAUCCAAUCAGGAUGGAUCAAAUGGAGCCCCAAAAAAUCGUUUUCAGCAUCGCUGCCCAACGGUAGCAAAGCUUUCUUAUUUGACCACACAAUAGCUUCGAUGUUGCAUGUGAUGGGAAAGGGGCCUUCUCCCCCUCGAAACCCACCGCGUGCUGUAGCAACCCUCGUAAUGGAGACGAUCGUAAUCUAUCCAAAAAUGUCGACUAGUCAAUUUCGUUAAGUGGCGCUGGCGGAUUCACGACAGUCGUCUGCUAAGAGAUUGGCAUAAAUUCGGUUCGAGUACAGUUUUUAGGGUUCAAUUUUUGUGAAAUAGCUGUCUGUUUGGUUGAUGUGAGGCGUCACCGAAUAACGGUCGCUUGAUACAGUUUGGAUGGAGCUAUAAGCAAAUUUCUGCGUUUCUUUUUCAAACCAUGUAUUUCCUUUGCUUUCUGAUAAUGGCAAGCUAUACAUCCCACGGGCACGCGCUGCACGAUUUCACUCGUGGAUAUCCUGCAUCUAUUGGCUUACGUCGUCGUAUGGCUUAGGGUCACUGACGAUAAGAAGCAAUGCCAAUUACUCACCAAUCGGCCGGAAAGUUCGCGACUGGUUAACAUUUGGUCAAUACUUAUUAAUUCUGCGAUGACCUUAAGCAUCAUGGGAGGCGAAAAGCUGUGAUUCAGGCCAAAUCGGAAGACAGGUCCAGUAACCUUGCUUGACGACCCCAGUUAUAUAACAAAUCACAACAUAUUAUUGGCCCAAAUUUUAUCUCUGUUUCAGGUUAUCCGCAUCGUUUCAAGUAGAGCGCGAAGCAAUAGUGAUCAUCAAGUGUCUAGAAGACGAACAGUUAACAAUAAGCGGCGAACUCAGACAUGAUAAUCUCUGAGACCGUCUGACAUCAGCCCGUUUCUACAUAAAAUUCACUCCUCUCAAACUGCGAAACAUAGAGCAGUUUUUUUCUCGGCACCAUGCCGAAGAAACUGCAGACGAACCAGAAGGCGGUCGAUGCCCGGGCUCGGAAAGACGCCUUGAAACAGGCUGAAAAGGAGCGAAUGCAAAAAGCUAAGGAUGAUGAAUAUUGGCGCGACGACGACAAACAGCUGGCGAAAAAACAGGCUCGAAAAGAAGAAAAAGAACGUAAGGAAGCUGAGGAACGUGAGCGUAAAAAGGAACGCGAAAAAUUGCUUCAGGAGGAAAUGUCGCAGAUGAAGGGAAAAGAGUCCGCGGAUAAAAAGUCCACUAGUAACAAGAUGACGCGAAGCCAAAUCGAAAAGAAUUUAGCCAAUAUAGCCACAGCAAACGCCGCUACGCAAAAAGACAACCGCGUUGUUCAGGAGGAUCUUGGGCUUGUUGAAAAUCUCAAUAAGAUGGCUGGCACUGGCGAAGGAGCGCAUACCCUGGAUGAUGCCAUUAAACUUAUGUCGAAGCUGAACACGAGCGGCGAGGCCGAUUUCGACCGUCAUCCUGAACGAAGGCUCAAAGUUGCUUGGCAGGCAUUUGAAUCUGCACGCUUGCCUGUGGUUAAGGCCGAAAAUCCAAAUCUUCGGUUAUCCCAGCUACGACAAAUGAUCCGCAAAGAAUGGCAAAAAUCAUCUGCAAAUCCUCUGAAUCAGCGGAUACUAGCUUACAACGCUAGAAGGGACAAACCUGCAACGAAUGACUCUAAAUAAAGUAAAUUUGCGGACGUAAAGCAAAAGCGUCUUAAUCUGAUUCACAAAUGGCUGAACCAUAUGUUUGUCGCGGUCUGAGAUUUGUAAAAAUUACUGUAAAGGUUGCCCACUAAAUCCUCUAAGCUUUGUAUAAAUAACUGAAAGUGAACUCGUUGACUGGAGCGAAGCCCCCGCAGCGCCGACUGGAAUUUGUAUAUUGCGGUGAUCAGCCAAUUUUGGUACAAAUAUAGAUUUAUAACAAAAGCCAGUCAGUGACCGAAUGGAUCAUUUCUGAUUGCGAUUACCUCUUCUUCCUCCACUCGCGCCUAAAUUCAAUAAACGUUUUGAUAUUUGCCUACGUAGACAAAAAUUGUCUAGGUCACGAGCGAACGAGCGAAGUUGCUAAAAGCACGAUGUCGUCGAGGAGCGCUGGCUCCUUUGUCUGUAUAGCGAAAAAACAGGAAAUUAUUAUGUUAGAUGGCAUGACGUACGUUUUAGACACCCAAUAAGGUCACACAAAAGAAUCUUUGAAAGAAAACUAUCGAUUUUGUUAGGAGGCAUCGCUUGUUAACUAAUUGUGAAAAAUCCACUUAGGACAUAAUUGUCGAUUGAGGUAACAAUUAUCGAGAAUAUAAUUUUUUUUUAUCUCAUUGAGUCUAUGCAGAAGCUUACAAAGCCACCCAUACCUAUGAUUAUUGUUUGAUGUACAAAAAUCAGCAAGCAGAGUUCGCAAACUCCCAUUCAAGGCGAUGACAUCGUUUUUUUUUCCAUAGUUAGGUUUGCCAUGUCACCGUACUUCAAGCGCAAAUUCACAAGCAAUUAUCUAGUGCGUAUUAACAAUAACUUACGAUAUGUCAAUAUGAUUGGCGAAACAACUUCGUUUCGAAAAAAUGGUGAAAUGUUCUGGAUAGUCACAAUAAGCUCAGGCCAGCGCAACAUGCGUGAGGGGUCCAAAUUCGCAUUAUUAAGAAAAACAAAUUUCUUUGCAAACAGUGUGAUACGAUAUUUUUUCUACGAUUUAUUUUACCUCCAUUAUUUUUUGCCCAUAAAUCUACACUAGAAUAUAUAUGAUACCAUUCAGUUCCUCGGUGUCCGAUUUUGCAUUUUGACAUUUCUUCUUUCUUGGUUCUCGAAUGUUCUUUUCGACGUCUUGACUAGGUAUGUGACCUUGUCAAACUCCUGAUCUUAAUUGUCACAUUAGGUAUUUUCCAUACACAUGAAAUGCAGUACCUAACACCACGGUUUAACGACGUAAUAGGGUGAACUAGCUAAGCGACAGAUGAUUUUUUUCUGAAAAGCCUUGGCCACUGCAAUGUGUUUUUCUCCAACAUCACUAGACCAUACUCGGACGAGCAUCUCUGCCUACUUGACGCUGAACAGGAGCGGUCUGUCAUCCUGUCAGCGUUAAGCUUCAUCACCACACCCCAUGAUUUUUCAAAUAUUGCUAAGCUUUACUAAUAGUUUGCCUUUAUUUAAGCAAUGGUUUGCAUUCUGUCUAAGAAGACUCUUUUUUUUACCAGAAACUACACACCGAAGAUGUGAA